UGAGCUUAUGUCAUAAACAUAACCAAAAUAUUUCAGUAUAUUUAAAUGAAUAUAGUAUCCAAAAUUUGAAACUAUAUUUUGAUUUUAUUAUUUAGAUUAUAGUUACUUUCAAAAAUCAAGCUGUAAAAAUUAUACAAUGUUUACAAGGAAAUUUAUUAACUUGGUUAAAUUAAAUCGUAAUGUAGGCCCAAAGAAAUUUCUCGGCCUUCCCACUAUUUCAAUAAACAGACAAGAGCGACGAUACAAAGGUGAUUUGUACGAGCCAGACUAUUUAAUUAGUAUGCAGCCAGAUGAGCCUAUUUACGAUUGCUUAAAUUUGCAAUUAAAAGGCUAUGAUUUUGUGUUGCUUGAAUCUUGUCAGAAAGAAAUACACAGAUAUGCUGAAAUAAUGGGAAUCCAAGUUGAGGAAAGUUGGGCGACACCAGCACAGCAGUUGAAUGUACAAAGAUUUAAGCCAGGAAGCACAGCUGUUGAAUCUGAUUACCACCUCAAAAUAUAUGAAAGAAAUGUACAGGUGGUAGAAGUGCCUGCUUGGGCGCUUGGUACGCUACUUCGUGUAUCCCGUGCCUUACUCCCCGAAGGAUGUACGCUUAACGUACACGAGCACACGCCGGAACACGAAGAAGUACGAUAUGUCCCCGACAAUGAAUUGAUUGAACUUAAGCAACAAUUAGAUGAUAUGGGGGGUAGCCGGACUGAAAAGAAAAAGAAGAAAUAGUCACUUAAAAAUUUAUUUAUUAUUGUUUUGUAAGUAGUUAUCUAGAAUCUGAAUAAAAACAUUGAACAUUUGAA